CCGCCCCCUGUCUCCGGUUCACGUGAUCGUGCUAGGGGAGAAAACGCCUGACCCCAGUCCCCCGGCCUUUCCCGGCAACGCUUUUCCUCCUGCAGUUCGUUCGCCUUUUGGUCUUCAGACACUUGCGCGUCCCUCCAUUCGGUCCCGGGGCCACCCCCGGAACCCAGUCUGCCAUGUGGCUCCUGCCUCUGGCCCCAAGUGGGCCGCGGCGGAACAGCCCCCGUCACCUGCCUUCCUGCAGCGCGGCGCUGCUGCUGCUGCUGGGCAGCUGCCUGGGGGUCUCUGGGGUGGCGACGGGCUCUCGGAGGCCCAAUGUGGUGCUGCUCCUCACCGACGACCAGGACGAAGUGCUCGGCGGCAUGACACCACUAAAGAAAACCAAGGCUCUCAUUGGAGAAAUGGGGAUGACUUUCUCCAGUGCUUAUGUGCCAAGUGCUCUUUGCUGCCCGAGCAGAGCCAGUAUCUUGACAGGAAAGUACCCACAUAAUCAUCACGUUGUUAACAACACUUUGGAGGGAAACUGCAGUAGUAAGUCUUGGCAGAAGAUCCAAGAACCAAAUACUUUCCCAGCAAUUCUCAGAUCGAUGUGUGGUUAUCAAACCUUUUUCGCAGGGAAAUACUUAAAUGAGUAUGGAGCCCCAGAUGCAGGUGGACUAGAACAUGUCCCUCUCGGCUGGAGUUACUGGUACGCCUUGGAAAAGAAUUCUAAAUACUAUAACUAUACCCUGUCUAUCAAUGGGAAGGCACGGAAGCAUGGUGAAAACUACAGUGUGGACUACCUGACAGAUGUUCUGGCUAAUAUCUCCUUGGGCUUCCUGGACUACAAAUCCAACUCUGAGCCGUUCUUCAUGAUGAUCUCCACACCAGCACCUCAUUCUCCUUGGACAGCUGCACCUCAGUACCAGAAGAGUUUCCAGAACGUCUUUGCACCAAGGAAUAAGAACUUCAACAUCCAUGGAACGAACAAGCACUGGUUAAUUAGGCAAGCCAAGACCCCAAUGACUAAUUCUUCAAUACAGUUCUUAGAUAAUGCAUUUCGGAAAAGGUGGCAAACUUUACUGUCAGUUGAUGACCUUGUGGAGAAACUGGUCAAGAGACUGGAGUUCAAUGGGGAACUAAACAACACUUACAUCUUUUAUACCUCAGACAACGGCUACCACACAGGACAGUUUUCUUUGCCGAUAGACAAAAGACAGCUGUAUGAGUUUGAUAUCAAAGUUCCACUGCUGGUUCGGGGACCUGGGAUCAAACCAAAUCAGACAAGCAAGAUGCUCGUUGCCAACAUUGACUUGGGUCCUACUAUUUUGGAUAUUGCUGGAUAUAACCCGAAUAAGACACAGAUGGAUGGGAUGUCUUUAUUGCCCAUUUUGAAAGGUGCCAGCAGUCUGACUUGGCGAUCAGAUGUCUUGGUGGAAUAUCAAGGAGAAGGCCGUAAUGUCACCGACCCAACCUGUCCUUUGCUGAGUCCUGGAGUAUCGCAAUGUUUCCCAGACUGUGUCUGUGAAGAUGCUUACAAUAACACCUACGCCUGUGUGAGGACCCUGUCGGCGCAGUGGAAUUUACAGUAUUGUGAGUUCGAUGACCAGGAGGUAUUUGUAGAAGUGUACAACCUGACUGCAGAUCCAGACCAAAUCACGAACAUUGCUAAAAGUAUAGACCCAGAGCUUUUAGGAAAAAUGAACUACCGGCUAAUGAUGUUACAGUCCUGUUCUGGACCAAACUGUCGCACUCCAGGAGUGUUUGACCGUGGAUACAGGUUUGACCCUCGUCUCAUGUUCAACAAUCAGGGCAGUGUCAGGACUCGAAGGUUUUCAAAACCUCCUCUGUAGCAACCUCUGCACUGGGUUCCUGCACGCCUCUGUCUGAAGAAGUGAUUGUAGUAGGUAUCUGUAGCUAGUCCGCAAGACCGCGCCUGGAAGACUUUCUGGACUGGCUCUAGGUCCCGUCUGAAAAGGCAACCCAGUCAGCUGACCACCUUGUGCAAUGUGUUAAACUGUGAACUCUGCCCCUCCGUCAGGGAUGGCUGGCCCUGAUCCCUCGUUCAGCUAAUCACAAUGCUCCCUUCCCUGGGGUUCCAGUUCCUGAUGAUUCCCUGUGUGAUCAGAGUCUGAAUUUGUAAGUCCAUUCAGAUAAACGGCGGUACUUUGGGGAGGGUGUGUAUUUUACAGCUCAACCACUUCACUCUCACAAAUACCAACAUCACACGCCUUGAAUAACCAUCAGAGCAAGAAGUACCACCGUUGUCAGAUUAGUGGAAAUACAUUGUUUAUAAUAUCCACAUCACAAUGUGAUAAGGUCACAGAUUCCAAACCUGUCAACCAAGCACUGUUUUCUGUUGUUGGGUUUUUUCUUGUUUUCGUUUCUUUUGCAUUCUGGGCUGGUGCUACACUGAAAGAGAACAGUUAAGUUUUCGGUAAAGGCUAAUUCCAGGUAGUUCUUAAAAGGUGACAGCCAUUUCCUUCCGUCUCCUUCCAGACUGCUCACCACAUGCUAACCACAAGAGGGAACAUCUCUUCUCUUGAUUAUUACCCCUCUGAGAUCUGAACAAAGUAGCUUAGGGAUCUCAGCAGAGAGGAAGAACAUCUAAGGGCUGGUGAAGGUUGCACUUUGAGGGCCUCUGCGGCCCGGCUCAACAGCUUGACGGAUGGAAGGGCUGCAGCUGGGACGGCGUAGGUGCCUGUGUGGCAGGAGCCUGGGUUUGGUUUUGACUCCGCAUUUUGUGGACAUUCUGUUCCUCCAGCACAGGUGACGCGGAGUUCCAGCUUGCUUCACCCUACUCUCUUCCCUUGUACAGAAGUUUGCCUGAGGGUCUGGAGUCUCCCGUAAUUUGGGCCUCAUUCACUGUUCCCUGUCAAAGCCAGACCUUGGGGAGGUUUCCUGACUGUACAUAACACCUACAUUAGUAGGUUUCCAGGCUCCAAGACCAAUCUGGUUUCUACUGGUUUCUUCCCAAGAAAGCUCCUCUGUGGUUGGAACAGCAGGGGGAGGAGGAAGAGCGCUGGGGUUUAUAACCUGUUCAACUCAGGCAGUAGUGAUUUUAGCUUUAUUUAAGGUCUUAGGUCGAGCUUUAAGCACUUUGGAAGACAUGGCUGUAAGCAACAUCUCUAUCAGAACUCCAGAUCUGGAGCCAUGUUGGGUUAAUAGCCUUUGGGUUGUUCCUUUACCUCAUGCAAUCCCAGUAACUGUGGUGGUAUUCAGAGGUGAAACUGGCAAGUAAAAUGAACACCUCUGCUGUGAAUGUUUUAGGGGAAGAUAUUCUAAAUAUUUUGUGAUUAAAAGCAAACUACAAUGUUACAUAUGGGUAUCAGCUUUAUUCUACACUUUGAUUCUUAACAUUAAUCAGUCAACUUCUACCUUACUCAAAGUUGACCAUAGUUAUUCCCGAAUAAAAAGAAACCAACUCUUACCAGGUCUUAUAUUGUGAUGUCCUAUUAUUCAGUUUUCUGAUGCUGGUUCCUGAGAACAGGUAAAGUCCUAAGAGUGACCCAAGUCCACUGCCCACAGGAACCUUGCCACACUGCUCCGAACACUCAGCGGCCCAUGUCCGGGUGGGGACGGGAUGCCCGCUCUGGUAGCUCCUGCCUCCUGUAUUUGGGACAUUUCCUGCUAACUUGGGAAUGGCCUAUAAUCUGACUUUUUCUUAGACUGGCUUCAUUCUGGAUCUGUACUAAAAUCAUCUCUCAAGUUCAUAGCCUAGCAGACUACAAAAUGCACUGAACUUUACAGAAUGUAUGUACAAGGAACACAUUGCAAGAGGCUUGGCUUCUUUCUCUCCUAACUGUAUGAAUUUGGAUUUUGAUUAUUUUCUCUUUUACGAAGGCCAGGUCUGGACUGGUUGGUGCCCUUCAGAGGAGAAAAUUGUAUAACCAUUAGGAGUGACCCAAGGCCACAGGAAUGAACAGAGAUUUUUGCCUUAUAAGAUUUCCUAUUAAAAGCUACCCUCAAAUAUCCAGUGGAGAACCCCUUUUGAGCAUCUUUGAAUUUGACCAACAAUACUGUUGUAAAAUAUGUUUUAAUUCACAAUACUAAGGUUUGUACAAAAUACUGACCAUAGCCAUGAAGUUAUACCUUGACGUGUAAGAAAUAUUCUUAAAAUUUAUUUUUGGUGUCUAA